UGAAAGCAACAAUUGGCCUGCUAUAAUUAUGCGUUUGCACUCGUUAGAAGAAAUUGCAAUUGUCUCCAGUGCGCCUUGGUUUUCACAGGCUGGGGAAUUGCAAAAAUACAAUUUGUUCUUGCAUUGCUUCUCUUUGUUCUCGUAUUGUGUAAUUUUUGGGAGGUCGAAUUUUGAAUGUUUACUUAUCGUCUCCUUCUUAACCUGUUUGUUUGCUUCUUUUUAGUCGCGCGAAGUUACGAAAACGAGAUAUUAUAAGUUUAUAUUUAAAUUUUUUUUAGAAUUGUCUAUAGUGAAUUUCUGCAGUCUUUUUUCUUUUUGUUAUUGAAUUGAUCUGAUUGAAAUUUGGUAUAAUUGCAGCUAAUUUUGAGCUUCAUUUGGAAUUCUGCCUGGUGGCCGGGGUUUUGAUGUUGGAUAAGUUUUUGAUAUUAAUGUUAAAAAAUAAUUUAUGCUAAAAAGUUAAUCCAUGCUAAAAAAUUAAAGAAAUUAAUUUUAGAUCUUUGACAUAUAUUAUUAUUUUUCGGUCUUCUCAAUUUCUGCCGUUAGCUGCUGUUUUUGGCUUGCUAAAUCUUGGGUUAGGUUAUGCGCUAUCGUUUAGGUUGCGUGGGACAAAUUAUGGGUGGGGUUACGGCAUUGGCUGGGGUUUGUAUCUGGACAAUGCUCUGAUUGUGCUUUAUAACCAUUCUGGACUCCUGACCACUGGUUCAUGGUUAGCUUUGGCUUGUGAAAUUUGUAAAGACAUUUGGAGCUUUUAAUAUUUUUUUUCAAAAUUUUUAAUUUUUGCAACUGCCAAACUCAAGAAAAUACAUGGUAAUUCAGAGAAUUUAAAAAAAGAAAAAUUCCCAAGCUGGAAUGUAUAGAUGCAAAUGCCGCUAAUUUGGAUGAAUUUGUGUUUUAGCAUCUUAAAUUUAAAAUCCCACGACAAGUGCAAUAUUGAAUUGAUUGUGCAGAUUUUGCUUUCUUCAUUAGCAUAUAUAAAUGGUUAUAAAAAAUCAAACCCACACAUUUGCUGAUGUUAUAGCACACAUGGGUAGCUAUGGCUCACGGGGAAGCCUUUGGAUCUUGAUGAGCCAACAACCUUAUGCAUACAGUAAUAAUUUUCUGUAUAAAUGUACGAUACCUUAUGCUGAGUGACAUACAGUUGAUUAUCUUUUGCAUGGUAUCCACGAAGCCACCAUGUGGCAGUUAACGACAUAUAAAUACAGGCAGUAAGUGGACUAAAAAAAUUCAAUAUCUUCCAAUUAGACAACAUAUAUUCUUUUGAAGGUAUACAAACUUGUGUUGUCAGUUAAUGGGGUAAUAUCAUGAAUUUUAUGUAUACAUAAUAUGGAUGGUCUAGUUGCAGUCCCUGAUUGCAACGUUGAAUACAUUAUCCCACUGGAAGUAACAUGAUGCAAAAUUAUCGUGUAUGUGCCAGAAUUUUGGGUGUCUUGACAAAUUCCUCAUUCUUCAGAGUCAACUAUGCAUCUUACCAUUAGUAGUUAAUAGCAGCUUUGCAUAUUUGCCUUAAAUUUCAUGUUGAAUGAAAGCAUGAUAUCAGAACUGAUGCCUAAAUAAGUUUUCCAAAUGGUGGAAGCUCCCUUCCGUCUGGCUGACUCGUGGAUUGAACUCACUUCUUUUGAGAAGCUUUUCUAUUGAGAGAGAAUAUCUGGGAUGUUGUAUGACAUCAGGUUUUGCUGUGAAAGUAUCCACAGCGCUUCUUAUCUAUGCCACCCUUAUUAGGGAGUCGGGACUUAUAAUCCAAACAAGAGUGUGAACUCAUUGGCCUUGAACUCGUAUAACACUUUAUCAGUCAGUCUUUGGAAUAAUAACAAUUCUAUUGAAAACAUAUUGAAGAAAUUUAAAGAGUUGUAUGACUUGGUCACAUUGUAAGUUUAUUUAUCUAAAAGAUCUCUUGUGGAUAGACAAGGGAGGUUGCAUUGAAAUUCUGAUAGUCUAUCCUGUUUCCUGAAAUAAUUUGCUUAGUUUUUGAUGUUUGGCCUUUGUUUCAAUGUUGAAUCCUGAAUUCCUUAUAUUUUUUAGGCAGGCCAGCUAGUAGCCGAUUGAUAUCCUAAAAUAAAUAUUUUUCUUGGUGUGCUCGACUGUUGGGUCAACUAGGUUUAGGGUCUUAUGGAGGGGCUACUGCUCUAAAUUGUAUGGCUCAUGCGAUCCUAUGGAAUGCAGCUGUUCUGGAAAAUAGAAAAAUAUGAGAAACUCUUCCACAAAAAUUGGAGGUACUACUUUUAAUGAAGGAAAUUUCGUUUACAACUAAAUGUGCAACCCUCUGCAUGUUAAGAUAUGAUUUGUUGAUUGCAGCCUAGCAGUGGUCUAUAUCUAUCAACAUUUCUUAACAUUAAGCUUCUGGUAAUGGUACCAUCAGAUUCUGAAGAACAAGCUGUAAAGCUGGAAAUUAACCGCUGAGAAAAUUUUAACCCAACUCCUCCCGUGCUCAUCUCCAUAGGAUCAUUGGCAUAAGGAAUCAAUGUCUUUUAUGAGUUUUAUUGGGAGAUGGAAUAGUUUGAGAUGAUAACGUCCAGAAGAUACAAGAAGAGAGUCUAGAAGUGAUAGUAUUUAAUAAAUAAAUAAAAAAAAAAAUGUAUUUAUCCUCUUCAGAAUUGAGACUAAAAAUUAAGUGUUUGCUUUUCAAAAUGUUGUCCAUGAAAAUAAGUGUUUUGAAUUCAUUGUUGUGGUAGAUAAAUCGAAACUUUGCUUCAGUGGAUUCAGUAUUGUCUUUGUGUCAGCAUGAUAUCUCUAACUACCAGUGUAUUCUGUGUUCUACUGGAGAAUUUUAGUCAGUAGAGAUCUUGUUAUAUACUUUGGCAUGCUUGCGGACCCUUGUUUUAGUUUUCUUACUGGUGAUAUGAUAAGCGUGAUGUAAUGGAGCAUUCUUUGGACCAGUCAAGCCCUUUCGAUGCUCGUGGACAGAACACAUCUGUGGCAAUUCCCUCGCCAAAGGAUGGAGCUAACAAGGGUUAUCAAUCCAAGCUGGAUGGCUUUUGUGGGUCAACUGAUGCAAGUUUCUUUUCAAGUUCAUUGCCUGUAAUGUUCCAUGAAAAAUUGAACCUUAUAGAUGAAGAUAACAAUGGCCAAUCUGUUAAUACAACAGCCUCUCACUUAAAUCAAAGAGAAAGAGCUCUGGAGUCUCCUCAGGACAUGGAGUCUGAGGCCAUAGGAAAUCUUCCUGAUGAUGAAGAAGAGCUUUUGGCAGGAAUUAUAGAUGGUUUGGAUAUGAGAGGAUUCCCCAGCCAGUUUGAAGAAUUAGAGGAAUAUGAUCUAUUUAGUAGUGGAGGCGGUAUGGAAUUGGAUUUUGACUCUCAAGAAAGUUUGAACGGGAGCAUAAACAAUUCAAAUACCAUAGAUAACAUUGUAGGAAAUGGAGCUGUUUCAUUUGGAAUUUCAAAUGGCAUUGGAACUGUUGCCGGAGAGCAUCCUUAUGGUGAACAUCCUUCUCGAACAUUAUUUGUGCGGAAUAUUAAUAGCAAUGUUGAGGACUCUGAACUCCGUCAGUUAUUUGAGCAAUAUGGUGCUAUCAGAACAUUGUACACGGCUUGCAAACAUCGUGGUUUUGUAAUGAUAUCUUACUAUGAUAUUCGUGCUGCUCGAAGUGCAAUGCGUGCCCUUCAAAGUAAACCACUGAGAAGAAGAAAACUUGAUAUUCAUUUCUCCAUCCCGAAGGACAAUCCCUCAGAUAAGGAUGUGAAUCAAGGAACUCUUGUUGUGUUUAACCUGGAUGCAUCAGUAUCAAAUGAUGAGCUCCGUCAAAUAUUUGGUGCUUAUGGAGAAGUCAAAGAGAUAAGGGAGACCCCCCACAAGCGACAUCACAAAUUUAUUGAGUUCUAUGAUGUAAGAGCAGCUGAGGCAGCCCUUAGGAAUUUAAACAGGAGUGAUAUUGCUGGGAAGCGCAUUAAGCUUGAACCUAGUCGUCCUGGAGGAGCAAGACGGAGCUUGAUGCAACAACUAAGCCAAGAACUGGAACAAGACGAAACUCGAAAUUUCCGGCAGCAAGUUGGUUCUCCAUUGACCAGUUCACCUCCAGGCAGCUGGGCACAUUUCAGCAGUCCCAGUGACACUGGCUCUUUCCACAACAUAAAUCACUCACCAGGUAUUGGAAUGAAUUCUGCGAUAAACAAACCCCUGCCAGGAUUGGCUGCAAUCUUGCCACCUUUGGUGUCCCCUUCAGCCAAAGUUGGAGCUAUUGGCAAUGAGCUGAGAAGAUCUAAUCAGAUAGAUCCAAUCUCAUCAGUAAACAAUCUGGGAAAGGGAAGCCAAUUCCACCACCCACAUUCUUUUCCAGAGAAAAAUGGUUCUAUGAUGCAGGUCAUUCACUAUAAUUCCUCUGGAACUGGAACAGUACUGGGAAACUCCACUUCUUUUGGGCCUCUUGAAGGAAUAGGUAUUUCCAACGCUGGAUCAUUUGGUCACCCAACUUCAAGUUCUGGGGGAAUCAGUACUUUGUCAGGCACACAAUUUUUAUGGGGUAGUCCAACCCCUUAUUCUCAUCAGAUGCAAAAUUCACCAUGGUCCACACCAUCUAUAGGGCAUUCAUUUAAUGCAGGUUCUCUUCCUCAGCAACAAGUUUAUUCCUAUAGCGGGAGGCAGGGAUCCUAUAUAAAUUCUGUCGUAUCAUCACACCAUCAUCAUGUUGGAUCCGCUCCCUCAGGGGAUCCUUCACACCUUGGUUAUUUCACAGAUUCACCUGAUGCAUCCUUUAUGAAUCCCAGAUCACUUGGAGGCAUGGGUAUCAGUGGUGCAAAUGGGAGUCCUAUGUUAAGUAUGGGUGGGCACAGUGCUGCAAAUGCUGGAAUUGGAAUUACAAACACCAUGACAGAAAAUGGGUCCCCAAGUUUGGGGAUGCUGUCCCCCCAGCAUCAUAUGGGUCACAUGUUUUUCAGAGGUGGGUUUCUAGGACCAAUAAAUGCUGCUGGAGAUGGGCUGAAUGACCGAGGAAGAAAUAGGCGUGCAGAUAACAGUACAAGUCAAAUAGAUAAUAAGAAGCAAUAUCAACUUGACUUGGAUAAAAUCAUGCGACGUGAAGAUAACCGCACAACACUCAUGAUAAAAAACAUCCCAAAUAAGUAUACUUCUAAGAUGCUUUUAGCAGCUAUUGAUGAAAACCAUCGUGGGACAUAUGAUUUUCUCUACUUGCCAAUUGAUUUUAAGAAUAAAUGCAAUGUUGGUUAUGCAUUUAUAAAUAUGAUUUCUCCAGCUAAUAUCGUUCCUUUCUAUGAGGCAUUCAAUGGAAAGAAGUGGGAAAAGUUCAAUAGUGAAAAGGUUGCUUCUCUAGCAUAUGCUCGGAUACAAGGAAAAGCUGCUCUUGUAACACAUUUUCAAAAUUCCAGCCUGAUGAAUGAGGAUAAGCGAUGCCGUCCCAUUCUUUUUCACUCUGAGGGACCAGAGGCUGGGGAUCAGGAGCCAUUCCCAUUGACUGCUAACCUCAAAGUUAGUCCAAAUGAGAGCUCUACCAAUGCAGGCCACCCUGCAAGUCCAACAAAAAGUGGGAACAGCUGUGAUGAUGUAUUGACACCCGCAAAUGUUGAAGAGACUACUUCCAAUACAGGGGAAGACAAAUAUUGAUACCUUUACCGUCAAUUAAGUUAUAUAUAAAAUAAGGCAGGAAUGCCAAAAUCUGUCAUUUCUUAUCUUUUCGUAUACAAAUGUAUACAAGAAGAGUGCCUCUUAAGUAAAACAUGUUGCAGGCUGUACGUUCAAACCAUUUUUUGUCUACUACCAUAGUGGCCAUAUUUUGUAGCAGAAGAUGCUCCAGAUCUGAGCUUCUGUGGUCCUGAUUUAUGUCUUUGGUCUUGUCAAUUGUGUAAUUAUUGUAUGGGCAAGUUUUGGUGGUAUAUCAUAGCAGCUUGAAGGAUUUGCAAGGAAGUUUGAUUCUUUUGUUGAAUCCAGCCUGAAAAAGUGUAUAGAAGUGAGAGGUCCAAGUUGCUUAUUUGGUGGGAUAUGUUGCCAUUGCCAUGCUAGAUAUAGAGGUCAAAUUCGACAUUUAUCUUAUCUAUUUGACUGAAGGCAGUAGACCAUCAAAUUUCAUCUAUUACCAUGGAUACAGAAACUUCACCUCAAUCAAAAUAGAGGUGUAAUGGAUAUUUUGUAUAUAGAUGGUCAUUUAAGUCACUCCAAUACUUGUAAAUGGGUGGAUUAUUUGCCCAUCUUAUAGUCAGGUUUGUUGGAAAAGGUUUCCCAUUCACUCUCAUUCAAGGGAGGGAUGUGGAUUAAUUUAUGUAUUUACAUGUUUAA